AUUAAACCUCCACCUAAAAUGAAUACUUUUAUAGCUCUAUUACUCGCGUCGUCGUCUUUUUGUUGCACGUAUGCCAGCUCUGUGGAUAGCGUUCUGAACUCAAAUGGUCUUUUCAACGCGUUCUCUGCCCUCACCGAGGACGGGGUGCUGGACGUUUUAAACGACAAGGGUGCUGUUUCAAAGGCCUUCUCCGCAUUUUCGCAACAAUUCGACAAGUCGGACAACGCCGAUAAACUCGAUGUGUUUCAAGCCAAUCUGAAGAAAAUUGCAUCGCACAAUUUGAAUGCAAGGAAAUCUGGCGGGUUUGAAAAAGGCGUCAACCAGUUUAGCGAUCUGACAUAUGAAGAAACAGUGCAACAAUUCACGGGAUACAAAAAGUCAAAUAAGACGAAAGGCUUUUCAAGCUUGGCCACCCCACAAAAACCCCCACUCGCCAAAAAAUGGUCCACCCCACCGGCCUCGUUAGACUGGAGGACGUACAAGAUGGUGUCCCCGGUUAAAAACCAAGCUGGAUGCGGUUCCUGCGUAUUUUUUGCAACGACCGGCACCCACGAAUCGUCCCACGCCCUCUUCCACAACGGAGAAAUCCUCGACCUCUCCGAACAAGAAUUGAUCGAUUGUGCCCGUGGGGAUGGGAACAAUGGCUGCCAGGGGGGCACUUUCGUCCCCACCUUUAAGUACCUCACUUCCACGGGACAGUCCUUAGAGGCUGAGUACGCAUACACCGGCUCUGACUCGGACGGUUGGGACCAAGCCGAGUGCAAAGCUGCAGGGCUGAAUCAUCCCUCCAAGUUGACUGGCUGGUGGCCCGUUAAGCCCGCCACGGAUGAGAAAGCGCUCCUCACCGCGGUCGCAAACUAUGGCCCUGUUUCCGUCGCGAUUUGCGUGAAUGAUGACUUUGUCCGGUAUAAAAGAGGCGUUCUGGACACGGACUGUAAUUGUGGGCGGAAUCACGCCGUUGUCGUGGUGGGUUAUGGUUCCGAGGGCGGGAAGGACUUCUGGAUUGUUAAGAACUCCUGGGGGGAAGGCUUCGGGGAGGGCGGAUAUAUUAAGAUGAGACGAAAUAAGAAAAACAUGUGCGAUAUUGCGGGUGACGCGGUGUUCGUGAAUGCUUAAAACCUUUUUUAAGUAUGUAGCUUUGAAAUUGGAAGAAUUCAGAAAUUGGAAGUGUGUAUUAAGUAUUUUGUAUUCAAUUCGUAGAUCUAUUAUUCACAUGUAAUUAAGUAAAUGAACGCAUGCACCAGUCAAUGCAAUGAUUCAAUAAAAUUUCAAAAUUUGCAGUA